AUGCUAGUAUUUUUGGGUUUCUUGCUUUUGCUUUGCGUUAAAGUUCAAGCAGUUACCAUAGGGACUUGUAAUUUUGAUAAUGUUGCCGUAGGAAUGACGGUUGAUUAUUACAACGUUCUGAUAGACUACUAUACAUGUCAUGGGUCAGGUUGUAUUAGUUACUUGCCUGGUCUUGAACAAGUGACAGCGUUUCAGAGAAUUUACCAAGUUAGGAAUCUGUCUUUCAACUACCCUUACCUGCCCCCUGAUAAUAAUUUGUAUGGUAACUACCUUUACACAUUCAGAUUUGGACUUAGAUCAACAGGGUAUCUCCAUGCUUCCCAAACUGGUACUUAUACUUUCAAAUUCCUUUCAGCUGAUGAUGCCGCUUCUAUGUAUCUUGCAACAUCACAAAGUUACGAUUGUUGUGGAAAUGUUGCCGAUAACGUAGGGACUUCACCCAAGCUCACUGCAUCAUAUGAUCAGCUGGCAGCCCUUACAUACCUGGUAACCUUACUGGCCGGUUACUAUCCAAUCAAGUUUCUUUACAUGAAUUCCGGCGGUCCAGGCAGUUUUAAAUUUCAAGUUACUUAUCCAGGUGGUACUGUUUAUACAGGUGAUAGCGUUCCUAUUUAUAAUCCAUUACCUAAUCAAGCCUGUAUGGUAGCCACUACCACCAUUACUAGCACAUGGAAUAAUAUUUUCACCUCGACCACCACUACCACCCCCACUCAAACAGGGCGAGCCACCGCUACUGUAAUAGUCGAAGUUCCUCCUUUGUCUACCACCACUGUUCCAGGUACUUCUGACAGAACAUACACAACCGCUUACACCACAGGGGGUUCUACUACUUCUGAAGUUGUGAUUGUUACGGUUCCGUUAUCCACUACUACCAUCACAGGCACUGAUAGUACCACCAAGACUUAUACUACCCCCACCACCUCAGGAGAUAUCACCACUUCCAAAGUUGUUGUGGUACUCCCGGCAUUAUCAACUGCCACCACCACGGGAAACGAACCUUCAACUUACACAACUAUUAUCACUACCGGGAGUGCUACUACUUCUGAAGUUGUGAUUGUUACGGUUCCGUUAUCCACUACUACCAUCACAGGCACUGAUAGUACCACCAAG